AUGGUGGAGCCGCUGGGUCGACAGGCCGAGGCGGAGCAUGGGAUUCAGAGGCUGGAAGCGGAGGCCAGGGAUUCUUCCGCCAUGUUUAUUUGUAUUUAUUUACCUAUAAUUCAAUCCUUAUCAACUCCUCUGCUGCUAGGCAGUGCGAUGGCGGUGGAGCGCUGCAUAGGCAUAACACAACCUCUCCUGCACCCAACGAUCGUCACCAUGACACGCGUCCGCCUCACCGUGCUGCUGAUCACCUUCACGGCCCUCGUUUUGGCAGGACUCCCUCUGCUAAACGUAGGCAAUUACAAACCACAGUUCCCUGGCACUUGGUGUUUCUUACCUGUUAACAGUUUGCUCUCCAUUACUGAUGCCAACCUCGCUCUGGCUUUUUCCACACUGGGGCUUGUAACAUUGACCGUCUCAGUUGUGUCCAAUACUAUAAGUGGGCUGAAGUUGCUCCAGGCAAGGUUUAAGGACCGAUGUGUUAAGUCAAGCAUCGCGCGGAGACACGGAUCCUUCCCAUCUUCAUCUCUGCACUCCCUGGAUGUGGAGAUGAUGACGCAGUUGGCCGCGAUAACAGUGGUCUCCUGUGUCUGUUGGAGUCCUUUUCUUGGAGUGGUUAUGAAAAAGUAA